AUGAUCACGAGGCUACAAACCGGUCGAUUUCAGGUGGUUCUCUGCCUCAUCCGCCGCGGCCGCCUCCGGCUGCCACGCAUGCCUGGCGCCGCGCCGGAGGGCGCCGUAGAAAGUCUUCCAGUCGUGGAAUUUGACACUGGAAGGUUUUGCGAGGACGGCCGGGGCGAGUUUCCCGCGUCCUGUGCGGUCUGCUUGGAAACCUUCACGGCGCAGAAGGAGAUUGUCAAGAUGCCCUGCAACCACGUCUUUCACAGAAGCUGUUUGUCCGGCUGGUUUCAGGUGGCUCGAACCUGCCCUUUGUGCCGGGGUGACGUGGAGCAGGUCCUUGUCUGA